CCCCCAAAAAAACAACUCCAACCUCGCGGAGGAACCUUGCUAUUCCCGGUCACCAUGGCUAUCGCCGGCCGGAAAAAGUCAAACUCUGAAACGAAACUCUUUCGGCUCUGUCCGUUUUGGCAAACCGGAACGAACUCCUCCUCUUCGCCGUCCACAAACCACCUUAAUAACGGUAACCGACACGUGGACUCUCCCGCUCUCAAUUCUAGGUCCACCAAAACGGUGUCAUCGGUGGCCAGAUCCCUCCUUCCUCCUCGGCGUCGGCUACGCCUUGAUCCUUCGAAAAAUCUCUACUUCCCCUAUGAACCUGGUAAGCAGGUUAGAAGUGCGAUAAGGUUAAAGAAUACCAGCAGGUCUCAUGUGGCUUUCAAGUUUCAAACAACUGCGCCAAAGAGUUGUUACAUGAGGCCACCUGGCGGCAUACUUGCACCUGGAGAAAGCAUUAUUGCAACUGUUUUCAAGUUUGUGGAGCACCCAGAGAACAAUGAAAAACAGCCACUGGAUCAGAAGAGCAGGGAUAAGUUUAAGAUCAUGAGUCUGAAAGUGAAAGCAGGAAUAGACUAUGUGCCUGAGCUGUUCGAUGAACAAAAGGAUCAAGUGACUGUUGAGCGAAUUUUGCGGGUUGUAUUCCUAGAUGCAGUGCGUCCUAGUCCUGCAUUGGAGAAACUCAAGCGUCAGUUAGCCGAAGCUGAGGCUGCUCUUGAAGCACGUAAGAGACCUCCACCAGACACAGGUCCCCGGGUGGUUGGGGAAGGUCUUGUAAUAGAUGAAUGGAAGGAGCGAAGAGAGAAAUAUCUGGCUCGGCAACAGGUUGAAGCAGUUGACUCGGUGUGAGGUGUCAUUCCACUCAUUCUGCAAGCAAUUUAUCUACCCAGAUGGGUACGCUGUAUGAUUUAACCCCUCAAUCUUCAGUUUUUCUUGAGAGAGGCGGUCCAGCGCUUCGUGUAGAAAAGAAAAAUAUUGAAUAUCAUGCCUCAAAUGGCUACACGGAGCCACAGUACUAGAUUUUUGGAUGAGCCCUUUUCUUGUAGAUAAUGCUUUUGCUGUGUUAUGAUAAUAAUCUAGAUGCGAAAUGUAUGAUCACCUCAUUUUGUAUACCUUCAGGCUUCAGUUUUAGGGUGCUUAUGUUUGUGUCCAAGUUUUUGCCCUUUUUUUUCUCGGGUGUAAUAUAUUAUUAAAUAAUAUUAAUGAUUUUACCGGAUUUGUAGUGUAUCUUCUGCAUUUUUGGUUCUGAA